AGUCACCAGGCACCAGCAUUCAACAUCAGCCAUUAAGACCAUUUAGCCAUCUGGUUUCCAUAAAUCGUAAUUCCAGUGUUAGACAUUUUAAGAGUUAAUUUUAACUAUAAAGUAAUAACUACGUAUAAGUAAUAUUUUAGUUGAUAGGUACAAGGAAUAACCAAUAUAAUUGUUUAAAGAUGCUAAGUCUAGUAAACUCUAUAAACAAUUUAAACAAAUGCUGUUGGUGUACAAAGACUAUUGCCGUGCGAAGUUUAAACUCCUGGACUGGUGGUAAAAAAUACCUCGGAUUUACAUAUUACCCUAGAGAAGGUGAAGUUGACCCACCAUAUACAGCGACAAAAUUAUUCAUGGUUCAGAGAGUUAAACGUUAUUUAUAUAAUCCAUAUUGGCAAAAAAAAAUAUUGACCGACAUGGGCUUAGAUCAUAAAGGUAGUGAUAUAGCUAUUGUAAAAAAUACACCAGAAAUGAAUGCACGAUUGUGGAAAGUUAAACAUUUAAUAAAAAUAACACCAAUUCAAACACCUGACGGAUUACCAGAAAAAGAAGAAUAUUGGGGUACACAUUUAGAUACUGAAGGUGUGUUUAGGAUUUCCAAGACAUUUUUACCUGAUACUAAGCGAUUAGAAGCUACUGAAGACUUUGAAAAAUUGGCCAAGCGAGUUGAUAAAGAUACAGUUGAAAAAAAUUGUCGGAACAAAUGGUUGAAUCCAUGGUCAACUAUUGUAUAAUUUACAAUUAUUGUUCUUUGUAGUAAUAUGAAAUACCCAAGUAUAAUUUUUCACAAUUUUUUAUUAAACUUUAUUUAGUUCAGUUAAAAUAUUAUUAUGUUGAUGAAUAAAGUAAACAUAAUUUUAUUUGGGUAGUAGUUUUUAGUAUUAUAAGGCUAAUGAAAUGUUUCAGCUCGAAUUUAUAUGCACUAAAAAUCAAAAAAAAUUGUCCUAAAAUAUUCUUUUAUGCACCUAAAGUUGCCAAAAAUUUGGUUAACUAUGAUCGUAAAAACUGUAUACCUACAUAAAAUCAAAAGUAUGAUUCAGUUUUAAAAUAAUAUAAAAAAUUACAACAAUAUUAAUUUAUUAUUAAUUAGUAAUAAUUUCUGAAAGAAAAAACUAUAAAAAUUAAAAUAAAGUACAAAAUUGAAAUAAUUUUACUAAAUUAGUGUUUAUUGAAAUCUAUUUAUUUAUUUUCACAAAAUUGUUUAUAAAGAUUUUACUUAAAUUACAAAAUAUUGAUAUAAUUUGCCUUAAAAAAAAAACAAUGUAUUAAAUGCAAUAAUAUUUUCUGUGGUAUAACCAACAGAUUCUAUAUGAUCUAAAAACAUUUAUGUUCAAAUAUACUAAAAAAUGUGUUUGUAAAA